UUGAAGGAGUAUGUACCUUGUCACCACAAUGUUUCUAAGACAAAUGUACAUCCUACCAAAGUUACCACACAGGAGAUUGCUGAUCCUUCUUCUUCAAAGCACCCGGCUCGUGCUGCAAACAACUUUAAGCCACGCAGCAUGAUGGGACCUGUUGAGUUUGCAAACAUAAUGCGCCGGAAAUACCCAAAUAUGGCAGAUGAAUUUAUUGGAAUUAUAUUAAAAGAGCACAACACCAGGCUUAGGGCUAACAUGAGUGAGAUACGGUACACAACACAAGUGGACAUGCUGAAACUUUUAGACGAGUUAGCUGCAUGUUUGGCAAGCAAAUGUAUAUGUUGUCAGCUAGCCGGUCUAAAUACAUGCCGAUUGAUAGAUAACCAACCAGCAGGCCCAAACCAAAACAAUUGUCGGGAACUUGCACAGAUGCCGCCUGCCGAAACUUCCGACACCGAAGGAAGCUCAACUGGACAUGUCCAUCAAGCUCGCAAGAGAGUAUAUGUACACACGAGCGACAGUAAUUACGACAGCACAAACAUCGUUUCAGGUCAGAACAAGAAGCAAAAUAGCAAUGAACAAGGCAAUUCCGUUAAGCACAUCAACCCAGUCCAUCUAUCAUUGUCACCAUGCCAAUCAUCAUUCCCCACAGAUUCGUCUGCUGACCUCAUCAGCCUUGUUUACUAUCAUGAACAACUCUUUACGAAUAUAUUAUCUGAUUAUGUUAACAAGUCUGGAGUUUUGUUUUCACAACUAUCAGAGAAGAUUCCACACCCCACUCAAUUACCAUGCAAGUCGUUUACACCAGACCCUUCUCCUACCAAGUUUUUGCUCCUGGCUUCUAAGUCCGAUUCAAGCAGAAUCAUUGCGGUUUGCAUAUCCAAUGACAGUGCUGCCAACCUGUCGAGGAUAUGGAUCGAACACACAACGCCUAGGUUAUUAUUAUUGAAGGGAAGUACUAUACGCGAGCAGAUUAUGGGCAAGGAGGCAACCAGUCAUGAAUGUUGUGCCCUAAUUUUGCGGCGCAUAGCACAAAUCGAAAGGACCAACUCAAAAAACCACGAUGGUGCAAUUUGGCGGAAAUUCAUGGAGCCAGACUUUACGACUAUGGUCAUCCACAACAUAGACCCAACUUUCGUCAUUUCAGUGUAAACAGAACUGCUCAUGGAGAAACACAUCGACCAAUGUCGAAUGUUCAUUUUCCCAGCACCUCUCCAUUACGGAUGGUGCUGUUAUCUAUUAGAUAUGCUGAAGAAAAAGAUUAUUGUCAUCGACCCUCAAGCAGGUGCAUUUGGUUUCACCAUAGAACGUGUCAAAUUCCACGAGCAAACAAGCCAAGUUAUCCAUGUGGCAUUUUUUAGAUGUGUAGAAACUUUUUUGUCUAGUUGGCCAUGCACCUCUAAAGGACGGACCCGGGAUUUCCCAAUUUUGAUGGAAGAAAUAAAUAUCAAGGUAUUAGUUGACACUUUAUCCAUUUAAGUAUAUUGCUGUCAUAAAC